GUCCAUCGGCUGAACGUCUGUGAGCAGCAGGCGUCCUCGCAAUUGCUUGAUAUAAAAUGUCUCUCUCAUUUACCUCCAUUCGAUCUCAGAUCCUGCAUCAUAUUAUCUCUCACACUCUCAAGACCAAUUCUGACUAGUACGGUACCAUGCCUGUCCUGCCUCCAACCAACGGUAGCCUAGCCCUUCAAUGGCCUGCCGCGGCUGCUGAAGAGGAGGAGCCACAGCUCCAACUUUUCAACAUUAUCACCGUCUGUCUUGCUGCUGCUUCCUUGGUUGUAGCAUGCUUCCACCUCGCAUAUCAGAGAAAGGGAGCAAAGGGAGAAGUAGAACGUCAACGGGAUGAAGGGCACCCACGCAAUCCCAGCGCUGCCGCGGAAGGUGUCGACGAAGGGCUCGAAGCAGGUGUUCUGCACAGUGUGGGGACGGAAUCGGCGAGAACUGCUUCCAUGCAGCCGGGGGAUUUGAGUGGAGGGUUUGAGCUGGGAGAAAUCAGGACCGGCUUCAGCAACUCGGACAGCACCAUGGAUACUCUCGUCGAUCCUGAAGAUUCUUAGGCUGAAAGGGAAGCUAUGAGAACCGCAGACGUGAACUGGACCGGUAUACCAAUCAGCGGCGGUGAAGCGAAGAUAGAGGAUUACGUCUUUGCCUUCGGUCUCCUUUGAACGCUUCUGGGUGGCACCUUGCAGACAACGCAAUGGCGAGCAUCAUGUAUGUUAGCCAUCUUUGAUGCUCUUUGUUGGUGUACGUGUAGAGAGCCUUGUCGUUGAGAGGGCGACAUAAGCGAG